GGAGCCUCGGGGCCGCCUGAGGGACGAGGACCGCGGCGUGAGGGGGAGAGCCACGAACUCCAUCCACCAUGAAGAACAUGCAGCUGGUGGAAGAGGAGGCGCGGUGGAAGCGCCUCUGCCUGAGGGAACUCGGCGGCAUCAAGAAGCUCAAGCGGAAGAGCAAAGAGCCCGCCAAGACCCCGCUCGGCGCCUGCCGGAGUUUCCAGGUGGGCUCGAAGGGCCACGAGCACGUGCUCGGCGGGACCGCGGGGGCCGAGGGGGGAUCUCGCCCGGAGGGCACGGUGGGCGCUCCUGAGGGGGCCGCGGCCACACCGCCCGCCCCCGACCGCCUGGAAGGCAGAGGCGGCGGCGGGGGGGUGGUGGUAGAUAUGAGGAAACACGUUUUUCCCGCUGGACUCCUCGCAUCCCACCAGCAGCCCGUGAGGAAAGACACGUGUCUCCGGUCGGUCGGUCUGAACGGGGCAGAAAGCCAGGCUUUUCCGGAUCACAGCUUGCAGUCCAGGAUCAUGGUGUGUCCGCCGCCCGCGCCGCCCGAGCUGCAGCAGCAGCAGCAGCAACAGCAGCAGCAGCGACCACUGGAAAGUUCCUACUCUUCGGUUUCCCACGUAAUUUACAGCGGCAAUCCCGAUGCCUCUCUAUCGCCUAGGAAACGGCCGGGGGAGGCGGCCGGGGUCUCGUCGGAGAUCAAAGCCAUCCAGCAGACCAGGCGCCUGCUGGCCAACGCCCGCGAGAGGACCCGGGUGCACACCAUCAGCGCCGCCUUUGAGGCCCUGAGGAAGCAGGUUCCCUGCUAUUCCUAUGGACAGAAGUUAUCCAAACUGGCCAUCCUGAGGAUAGCAUGUAACUAUAUCCUCUCCUUGGCGAGACUAGCCGACCUGGAUUACAGUGCUGACCACAGUAACAUGAGCUUCUCGGAAUGUGUGGAGCAGUGCACUAGGACCUUGCAAGCCGAAGGAAGGUCUAAAAAAAGGAAGGAGUGAUAACAAAACAGCAGGGAUUCAGCAGUAUUCCAUUCCUGUCUUGUCAAAGUGUGUCUUGGCCAGUUGAAAACCCAUUCAGAUUUCUGCACUCUGCAGAUGCCAUUGCCUCCCUUUUGCUACUGUGAAGGAUUCCUACAUACCUUCCACUUUUCCUUUUCAUGUUGGAAUGGUAGAUUAAUAGUGCAGUACUGUAUAAUGUCCUUCCUGAAGAAUCUCCAAAUGAACAAAGUGAGGCUAGCUGAAGAUGCCCUUCUUGAAAUGAGAGAAAAACUGUGGUUGUUGGAGUUUUCCUAGGAGUUGAAGAAGGUGGUGGUGAGAAAUCUCUAGCAUUUUUUUGUUAACAGCACCCUCUGGAGACAAUCGUUGCUCCAUGUAAGAAGGAAAGUUCUAAAUGCAGAAAGCUUUUCACAAUAUAAAAUUAAAAAAACAACAGAGAAGGCAUACACACAUGUUAAAUGUUACAGAUGUUUUACCACUGUGAACUAAAUAAAACUUUAAAUUUGCAAGUUGUGAACAGGCAGUCUGUUUUGUGGCAUCCUUACCAUACUAAUUGUUUUUCUACAAGCAUUUUGAAAUCAAACUGGCUCAGGGAUAAUGAUGACUGCUAAAUCACAGUUAAUCAUUUAUCAAUAGCCAGUCCACACUGCAUUUACUGUUUCUUGAUUAAUCCGACUCCUACCAUAUAUGGAAUUUCUCCUGUCACACAUUGCAAGUUGGUUUACAGACAUUCAUGACUUAUGUGGAUAAUGUGUUAUUGAUAUUGAUAAAAUGUCAACUCGAAACAAGAUUCUCAAUAGUCAUUUCCAACAUUCAGCUGCCAGCCAGGAAUGAUCCAUAUUUGUAUUGAUUUAGAGCACUGGUUCCCAACCUGUGGGUCAUGACCCCCCAAGGGGUUGCAAUGUGUUUUCUGG